UUAACUCUUCUACAUCUCUCUCUCUGCAAUUACUCUUUGAGAGCAUCUCUUUCUAGAAUAUCGAGUAUUGCUGACUUGAGCGUCGGAGUGUUUUCCCCGAGGAAACAUCCUCGGUAUUUUUAGGUGUAGAAGCAGCUGAGGACUUCAACAGUGUUGGAUUGCGAAGUUGCCCAAACAUUUGGCGCCGUCUGUGGGAAUCGAACAAGAAGCUGUGUAGCUUAACCUGCUGAAAGACAAAAUGGUUUGUACCUUUACAGGAAGUCGCCCUCCAAGAAAUGAAAGGGAUGAACAGGAAGACACACAACUAUUUGAGCUCAACUUGAAUGAUUUUAGGCCAAUGCCGAGAAACCUUUUUGUUGGAGGAGUAGAACAGGAGCAACUUAGCGGAACAGAUGAUGAUGAAAGAACACCAAUUGGGUAUGCAACCCAGCCUGAACAAUUCCAAAUUCCAACAAGAACAAGGCAAAGACAUCCCAGAUUAGGCAAUUCACAACAAGAACGACCUGAAAGGUCAACAGAACCUGCUCGAACAACCGAGCUCGAAGAGAGAACUAGAGUUCUCGAAAUGGCAAUGGGUAAAAUCCUUGCCCGUUUGAUCCCAGAUGACCCCCUAAUUCCUUUGCUGAAUAGGGAUGCACAACCAACUGCAGUAGUUGCAACUCGUAACUCACUCGCUCUGAGCAACAUAAUAAUGCUGACCAAACCAAGGGGAAAUGGGAAGUUAAAUAACGAGCCUAGCUCGUCCAAACAUAAUGAAGAACUGAUGAGAAAGAAUGCAGAUCCGGAAAGGCAGCUGCAGGACGUACAGAAAUCCAUUGACGAGCUGAAAAGCCCCAGGCGAGGCCAAGGACAGAGGAUUGCCACCCAGAACCAAAAAGACAGGAAAGGGAAGGCAUAUGCCUGGCAGGUGAUGACCGUUAACAAGAACAGGCCCUUGAAGUGGCCAUUUGAGGAGGCGGAGUGGGAGAAUGCACCCAUUACAUUCAACUCGGCGGAUUAUAAACGAGCAGAAGGAGAGCCCGACGUUAUGAUGCCUCAUGUAGAUCCUUUUGUGGCAACGGUCCAUAUAGAACCGCACUUCAGGAUGGCUUCCAUCAGCUUCCUAGUCGUCAAAAUGGAAUCAGCUUUCAAUGCCAUACUAGGAAGGGCCACCCUCUGCGAGUUGAAGGCCGUCAUAUUGCAACCUCAUCUCUACAUGAAGUUCCCAACUCCUCAGGGGGUAAGAGUGCUUAAGGGGAACCAGAAGAUGGCCAGGGCCUGCUAUCAAGAUACAUUCAAGAAGGUUGAGCUCGUUGCAGCCCCGAGAGGCUCCUUUGGAAGUCAUAGGCUGACUCAGCCUGGUCAACAGAUAAUGAGCAUAUCAGAUAUCGAGCACCAACCUGAGGGUGUCGAGCAGAAGGUUGAGCCAGUGGAGCCAGUGGAAACGAUCCCUUUAAACCCUAAGUUGCCGAAAAGAACAGUUAAGAUCAGCAUUAAGCUCAUAGAAGAAGAGAGACCAAAGCUUUUGAAGUUUCUAAGGUUUAAUCAAGAUGUGUUUGCAUGGAUUAUGGAAGAAAUGCCUGGCAUUCCAGCAGAGUUCACAGUCCACAAGCUCAGCACGGACCCCACCAAGAGGCCGGUGGUUCAGAAACGUUGUCUUUUUGGCCUUGAGAAGCAGGCUGCUAUAGAUGAAGAGAUACAAAAGCUAUUACAGGCAGGCUUCAUCAGGAGAGUUGAAUACUCUCAGUGGGUGUCCAACCCUGUGCUCAUUAAAAAACCAAACAGCAAGUGGAGGAUGUGUAUUGAUUUCACUAGAUCGGCUGAGGGAUCUAGCAUCUUUCUUUCCUCACAACAUCUCCUCUCCUUUCUCAGAGCAAAGAAGAAAUCCUCUCGGCCAUUGUUGGUCCAUCUUCCAUUCGUCCGUUUAGCUUCCAGAAAUGGCACAGAUCAGCUUCGUGAGGGCUUUAGUUGCGGCUUUGGUGAUGGCGCUUUUCAUUGCCGUCUUAGCUCAGAUCAGCGAGUCUCCUGUUGCGGCUCCUGGUCCUCUCCCCGGUGCUGGAUCCUCUCUGGCGGUUUCUGGUGUCGCCGUUGGGGUGUCUUUGAUCGUAUCUCUUCUCGCUCUGUUGAAGCAGUAGAUUAGGUUGGGGAUUGUGUUUCGGGUACAUAGAAUCACAAGGAUAUGAUGAUUUGUGGGUUUUGUUGUUCAUUUGUUUGA